AUUAGUAGAGAAUUAUACCAGCUCAUUGGAGGAGCACCACCUGUUGCAUUUGUAAAACCAACUUUUAAAUCUAAAUUUCAAACAAACAAAAGGGCAACACCAUGGAUUCAUCAAGAAUUUAUCAAUCCAGCCAGAAACGAUGGAUUAGUGCUGAAGCAUUGGGUGAAGCAAAGUGAGGCAGACAAUCAAGGCUAUGAAUUUGCAAAGUUCAACAAGACGAUUGACAUUCUUCAAUAUACAGACGAGGACUAUGAAAAAUACUUGACAGAUAAUGAUUGGAGUAAAGAAGAGACAGAUUAUUUAUUUGAAUUAUGUAAAAAGUAUGACUUGAGAUUCCCAGUGAUUGAAGAUAGAUACAACUAUGAGAAUAAACAGAGAACAAUGGAAGAUUUAAAGGAUAGAUUUUAUUCAAUCUACAGAAAACUCAUUUUAAAUGGAAAAGGACCCACUACAGGAGAUUAUGAUAGACAAGUACUUGCACAACAAUAUGCAUUUGAUAAAUCUAGAGAAAUUGAAAGAAAGAAUGCGUUGAUUAUGCUAUUUAAUCGAAAGAAAGAACAAGUAGAGGAAGAAGAAGCAUUAUUAGUUGAAGCAAAGAGAAUCGAAUUGAAUGAAUCCAAGUUGGCCAAAGAGAGAGAAAGUCUAUUGAAUUCAUUGCAACUGGAACAGAUUCAACAGAUUCCAUCCACACCAAAUACACCAUUGAGUGCUAAUCAUGCAAACAAUUUCUCUUCACCUGGAAGCAUCGGAAUUACAGGUGGCACAGCAUCAAGUAUAUCAUCAGACAUGAAGGUAAGCAUUGUUUUAAUAAAAGGAUGGACUGAUUUAAAAAAGAGAAAGUUGCAAGAAGAAAUGAAGAAGGGAAGAAAACUAUCAUCUGCUACUAUGGACGUUGUUGAACCGCCACCCGAGAUUAAACGAGAAAAACUUACACCAGGUGUUUAUGUGCGAAGUCAGAAAUUACCUAUAGUCAAACCGGCGAUGCAACAAAAGAUGAUAAAGACACUAGAAGAAUUAGGAAUUGGACCAAGGCCCAUUAUGCCAACGGCUAUUAUCUGCCAAAAGUUUGAACACUUGCAAAAUUCUAUUUUGAGCAUGUUUGAAUUAAAGAAACUAGUCGAUAAAACGGAAAUGGAACACAAGGUUAAACUACAAAAAGGUGGAGCAGGAAUAACAACAAAUACAGGAAGGGUAAUGCGGUUAAACUGCUCAUUUAUACAAAUAACUAAUAAUUAUCAUAGAAGCGUUCAUCAAGUAAUGCAGGAGUAG